GGCCCGCUGGAGCUAAGCAAGGGGCCGGGGGGCGCGGAUCCUGAGAGCCAGGCGGGGAAAGCUGGGCCAAAAGAACUGAUCCUGAGAGCCGCGGGCGGCGAAAGCCGGCCUGGAGCCGGAUACUUCAGACCCCUGACUGCCCACCCAGCCGAUCGGUGCGCGAAGAGUGGUCCCCAGGCACCCCCUGCCCGGGCCCUGUCCCUCCCCGGGCCCCCCAUGGCCCGGGCCGCAGUCCUCCCGCCGUCCAGAUUGUCACCGACGCUGCCGUUGUUGCCGCUGCUACUGCUCCUGCUUCAGGAAACAGGAGCCCAAGAUGUGCGGGUACGAGUACUCCCCGAGGUCCGGGGCCGCCUGGGAGGCACGGUGGAGCUACCGUGCCGCCUCCUCCCACCCACGUCAGAGCGCGUCUCUCAGGUGACCUGGCAGCGCCUGGAUGGCACGGUCGUGGCCGCCUUCCACCCAUCCUUCGGCGUGGAUUUCCCCAACUCUCAGUUUAACAAGGAGCGUCUGUCCUUCGUGCAAGCCAGGCAGGACACAAACGCGGACCUGCGGGAUGCCACACUGGCCUUCCGGGGACUGAGGGUGGAGGACGAGGGCAAUUACACCUGCGAGUUUGCCACCUUUCCCAACGGCACCCGCAGGGGGUUGACCUGGCUCAGGGUCACAGCCCAGCCUGAGAACCACGCAGAAGCUCAGGAGGUCACGAUUGGCGCCCAGUCCGUGCCCGUUGCCCGCUGUGUCUCCACGGGGGGGCGCCCACCUGCCCGGAUCUCCUGGAUCUCAUCCCUGGGUGGAGAGGCUAAAGACAUUCAGGAGCCGGGGCCACAGCCUGGCACAGUCACUGUCAUCAGCCGAUACUCCUUGGUGCCCGUGGGCCGAGCAGAUGGCGUCAAGGUCACGUGCAAAGUAGAACACGAGAGCUUCGAAGAGCCGAUCCUGUUGCCGGUGUCCCUCUCCGUGCGCUACCCUCCUGAAGUUUCCAUCUCUGGCUAUGAUGACAACUGGUACCUUGGCCGAAGUGAGGCCAUGCUGACCUGUGACGUUCGAAGCAACCCAGAGCCCACAGGCUACGACUGGAGCACGACUUCGGGCGUCUUCCCAUCCUCCGCAGUCGUCCAGGGUUCUCAGCUGCUCGUCCACUCUGUGGAUCGGAUGGUCAACACUACCUUCAUCUGUACCGCCACCAAUGCCGUGGGGACAGGCCGUGCUGAGCAGCUCAUCCUGGUGCGAGAGUCGCCCAGCACAGCAGGAGCAGGGGCCACAGGCGGCAUCAUCGGUGGCAUCAUCGCGGCCAUCAUUGCCACUGCAGUGGCUGCCACGGGCAUCCUCAUCUGCCGACAACAGCAGAAGGAGCAGAGGCUUCAGGGGGCGGACGAGGAAGAAGAACUGGAAGGACCUCCCUCCUACAAGCCACCGACCCCCAAGGCCAAGCUGGAGGAACCAGAGAUGCCUUCCCAGCUUUUCACUCUGGGGGCCUCGGAGCACAGCCCAGUGAAGACACCAUACUUCGACGCUGGUGUCUCUUGUACAGACCAGGACAUGCCUCGGUAUCACGAGCUCCCCACCCUGGAAGAGCGGUCAGGACCCCUGUUGCUGGGGGCCACAGGCCUGGGACCUUCUCUUCUAGUGCCUACAGGACCCCCUGUUGUGGAGAGAGUUUCCCUGGGUCUCGAAGAUAAGGAGGAAGAUGAUGAGGAGGAAGACUUCCUGGACAAAAUCAACCCUAUUUACGAUGCCCUGUCCUACCCUAGCCCCUCUGACUCCUACCAGAGCAAAGACUUUUUUGUGUCACGGGCCAUGUAUGUGUGAGGCAUAGGGGCUCUGACCGCCCGCCUUUCACUCUUGACCCCUCAGCUUUCCACCAGUGAUCUAGAACACCCUGACUUCCAGCCAAGCCAGGGUCAGCUAUCACCCAUGCAAUCCACCUGUGAAUUCUUAGCGGCUCCACCAUGACCUCCAGCCUGUGAUUUCUGAGACAGACGAACCUGCAUGACUGGAACCCUGGAAAGUUUAUCUCCUGAGGCAGGGAGCUCAGAGGAUCCUUCUGCACCACCCGUGACCCCUCACGGAGUCCUAAGACUGUGACCCUCUGACCAUGCUACUUACCCAACCACCUAUAUCUCAACCACCCAUAAAGUCCCAAAGAAGACUCUGGACCACAGACUUGUUCUCAGGCAAUAGAGUCCACACAGGUCUGCAAGAAUGGGAUCAGGGGCUUCCCUGCUGCUCAGACCUGAGCCCUCCAGGCAGCAGGAGCUCCUGACCCCUCCCCACCCUAUUCCCCAAAGGUGAAAAGGAGCUGACUCCCCAGUGUAAGGUAGGACCUCCCCAUCUCCACCCACUCCUGCAGGCAGGAAUCUCAGGGUUCACACCCUCUCCUCAAACCCAGCACCUCAGUUGCUGUUCUCAGAGUAGAAAUCGCAGGCCCAGUGCCAGAGGGAAGAGCCUAAUGCAAGUGUGCCUUGCCACCCCAGGUUUGGGGGAAUCUGCUCUUGUCUUGAAGACUACUGAAUCCUUUUAACGCCCAUCCAGUGGGAUGAGAACUACACAUCCCUUUUUAGGGGAUGGUGUGUGUGUGAGAUGGGUUAUCUGGGCAUCUGGGUUGGGAGUUUGGGCGAUAUUAUUUUGUAAGCAUUUCCUACAAAAUAUGAGUUUAUACUUUGAUAAA